AUGGCAAACCAAAGCGGGGAGGAGGACGAGGCGGAGGAGGAGGUGGAGGAGGAGGAGGAGGAGGAGGGAGAAGAGGCGGAGGUGGAGGCAAUGGAGGCGGUGGAGGAGGUGGAGGAGGUGGUGGAAGAGGAGGAGGCAAAGAAGAAUAGGAGGAACAGAAGCAUUUGGUGCACUCUCUAUCCCGGAUGGAUUUCAACCCGCCGUUUCCUGCGUCAAAUGCAGAAGGACAACAUCGACUGUGCCUUGUUGCAACAGGAGGCUUGCCACAGAAAUGAAGUCAAGUUCGCCAAGGGAAAACUAAAAAGUCGAGUGCUCCACCUGAUGCGUGGACCCGUAAUUCAGCUGAUGAUGUGCUCCCUAGUCCUCCUGGAUGCGCUCAUCGUGACUGCAGAAAUCAUCCUUGAAAUACAUGCAGUUAAAGAAGAUUUGCUCUUGGCAAUCGUCUUUGCAAUGUCUCUUUUUUACCUUCAAGCUGUCACUUUACUUGAGGUUUCCUUGUUGUCAAUAAAAGGGCAGGGAAGGACACUUGUCUUCCUCUCAGAUGUUUCCUUGAUAAAAUCUCAGAUAGUAUUUUCCCACCUGUUGGACGAGCUCUCCUUGGAUGAAUACAUGCACGUAGGCCAAGCCGAGAAGAAGAUAUACGAAUAUGAGCGGAGCCAUUUAAAUCACAAGAUGUACCGCUACUACUGCACCAGUCACACCGACCCGGAAUCCGUCUUCACUCCUACAACGCGCGAGGUCUGUUGUCAACGUCCUGUCAAUCGUUCAGGUGUGGAAUUUGAAGCUAUCCCUUCACCUUUUGCUCUCUGUUGUCCCGCUCGUGGCGGCUCUGACUGCGGUGGUACUGGAGGGCCAGCAAGAGGACGGUUGUUCACUGUCUAUCACAGUGUCUCCUCUCCCCCGUUGGAUCAAAUGAGCAUGCACUGCUCUCAUCUCACCUGCUGCCUUUCUCAGUUGGGUCGCCUGAUGCAAAGUCCACUGGAAGCGAUGGGCGAAUCGGGCAGCUGUCAUUUCUUUCACACAAUCGCCUGUAUCCUUCACUUUCUUAGUAUUCUCAUCCUCUGCAUUUUUGUGAUCCAGUUGGCUGUGAAAGUGGUCUGCAUGGGACGGGCCUUCUUUCGGUUAAAAUUUGAGAUAGUGGAUGGUAUAAUAAUUAUCAUAUCCCUCAUCGCCGACGGCAUAUUUGUCUACAUUGCUUCGGAAGAAAUAACCUUGAUCAUCGUAUUCCUUCUCUGGCGGAUAGUUCGGGUGGUCAACAGCCUUCUAAUGUACGAGAAACAGAGGAAUGAAUUUCGUAUUCAGUUGCAAAAAAGGGCCCGGCGAAUGUCCGAGCUGAAGGUGGAAGCUCUCAAUGGAAAAAUUAUCCUUCUUGAGAAACACAUCGACAACCUCGAGAGCAUGUGUGUCGAAUUGGGAGUGCCAAGAGAGCAAUUGCUCUUCUGUCGACCCACAAUAUCCAAAUCGGGUAAAGAAGUGACAAAAAACGCAAUCCGCUCAAUGGUUUUUCUGACCUCGGAGAUAAUCACCCAGUUUGCAGUGGGAGUGAAUCCCAAGACGCAGGAGACCGGUCCCAACCUCGGAGGUAGUUGCAGUGCACCUGGUGGCACCGCUUCCAGCUCAGCUAGUGCCCCACCGGCUAUUGAGUAUCGGCCGAGUGAAGGGACCUCAAAUCCCAAUUCUUCCAUCAACUCAUCCCCGUCCAGCAGUCCACCGCUUUGGACAAAGCUCAAACCCUCCUAG